AUGGACCUCAGCUUCGCGAGCUUAUCGGCCGACCCUGAUGACUGGGAUGAGGAGGCACCACCGCCACCCCGGACGCAGGCGCGCGGUGCCCCGAGCUCGCCAGUCCGAGUACAAUCGCCAAGAGGACCGCCGCCUUCCAAGAUCCACGGCCACCCAGGAACAAGGUACUUUGUGAUCAAAAGCAGCAGCCACAAGAACCUGGUACUCUCCAUUGAGCACAAG